GCUUGAGAAUCAAGAUAGUUGGAUCACAUUGCAGGACCAUCACUGUCCACGUGACAGAGGUAUCUUCCAGAGUUCGCUUAUUCAAACAACAUGGUCAAGUAUCCUGGGGACAUAUUUGUGGAAGAAAACAGUGCACAUAAACCAUAGACUCUUUGCGGUUCUAAAUCAAAAGAAACUUUAAUAACUGUUGUUGUGAUAGCAUUUGAAUUUGUAGCCAUAAGGCCAGCCAGUCUUUGUCUGUAACACUACUUGGCACACUAAUCUAAAUCACAAUGGAUGGUGAAUAUGUCCUAUGUAAUUGGAAAGAACAAUUAUGGCCAGCAAAAGUCUUAUAUAGGUCUGAAACUACGUCAGGCAGUAAAGGGGAAAACACAUUUUCUCUGCAAGUUCAAAUACUUUGUCUAGAUGAGAAAAUUACUGUGGGCAGCAAAGACAUAAAAGUCCUAAGUAAAUCUGAGGUUGAAACCAUUGUGUCCUUACUAGCAGUACAGUCAGAGGUCAGAGUUCCACCUAGGAAGGAGACAGCCUAUGAAAGAUCACUGAAAAUGGCACUGGAAAUUGUGAGAAAGAGAACAACUCAGAGCCAAGAAAGCAUGUCAAAUGAAGAGGUCGCCACCACAGCAUCUGAACGUGUACCACAACAGCAGUCUGAUUCACCUCCUCCUAAAAAGUAUCGGAGAAUUGAAAGCAACCUCCAAGAAGAUGGAGCUUCCAUGUUACUGUGCUCGGAGAGUGAUGAUUCCCUAUCUGAUGAUAAGUUGCAGGUGCGGACAACCAUUGAGAGUAUUGCAAACGAAAUGGAAACAAAGCCAUCACAAAACUUCAGCUGGUGCCAAACUUACCCUUCAUUUCUGGAUGAUGAGGAUGAUAAAAAAGAAGAAAAGAAAAAGAUUGACAUCUCAGCAAUCAUGUCUGUGAAUUUGUCACUCAAAGAAGAAACUGAAGACAUUAAAGAAGAAAAAUAUGUUCCACCAUCAGAAGAUCUCGUUGUGCCUAAGGAGGAGGCCCAAGACAUUCCCCUAGAGGCACCUACAGUUUCCACUGAAUGCUCCAACUUCCCAGAGCAUAGUAUGGAAGAUCCUGGAGAGGGCCCAUCACAUCAGAACCCAUGCUUCUAUGGCAGCCAAAAUCAGUCUUCUGUGGAAUCAGAAAUAGGUGCUGAGAGCACCCUUGCAGGGUGCUCAGGGGAAUACCAGGCUUCACUUCCUGCUUGUAAUCCAGUCAAUAGUGAUCUACUACUUCAGAGACUGGAUUUAGAAGAUCUUGAGGAAGAAGCCCGAGCUUCUGGCAAGCUACUGUCUCUAAAUCCUGCUAGAGCAGCUGCCUUAGAUAAUGAUGAUGAAGAUGAUGAUGAAGAUCUCCCUCGGUUCAUUCUCUGCUAUGAGACACGUGCAUUUGAAACCGGAAUGAUAGUGUGGUUUAAAUAUCAAAAAUACCCAUUUUGGCCAGCAGUGAUAAAAAGCAUUAGGCGAAAAGAGAGGAAAGCUAGUGUGCUCUUUGUUGAGGCAAACAUGAAUCCUCAGAAGAAAGGUGUGAGAGUCUCUUUCAGAAGAUUAAAAAAAUAUGACUGUAAAGAGAAGCAGGCUCUAGUGGAGAAAGCUAGGGAGGAGUAUCGUGAAAGUAUCGAUUGGUGCGUGUCACUCAUCUGUGACUACAGAGUUAGACUAGGCUGUGGUUCUUUUACAGGCUCAUUCUUUGAGUAUUAUGCUGCUGACAUCAGUUACCCAGUCAGGAAAAUAAUCAAACAAGAUACCUUCAGAAAUAUAUUUCCAAAGCUACACAAUGAAGACACAGGGGAGCAAAUGGCUGUGACAUCCCACGCCAAGAGAAUAUCUUUCCAGAAAAUUCUCCCUGACCGGAUGAAGCCUGCUCGGGACCGAGCUAACAAGAACCUGGUAGAUUUCAUUGUCAAUGCAAAAGGAACAGAGGACCAUCUCCUAGGCAUUUUAAAGGGUACAAAAAAAUCCAAAUGGCUGAAAUCAUUUUUGAAUGCAAAGAGUUUCACACCCUGUAUUGAAACAUACUUUGAAGACGAAGAUCAACUGGAUGAGGUGGUGAAAUAUCUACAAGAAAUCUACAAACAAAUAGAUCAGAAGAUGCUAACUCUGAUAAAAGAUGACAAAAUUAAGUUUAUCUUGGAAGUUCUUCUACCAGAAGCAAUUAUUUGCUCAAUUUCUGCUGUUGAUGGCUUAGAUUAUGAGGCAGCUGAGGCAAAGUAUCUAAAGGGCCCAUCCCUUGGCUAUAGGGAGAGAGAAUUAUAUGAUUCGAAAAUCAUAUUUGAAAAGAGACGGAGAUCAUUAGCAAAUGAAGCUCAUUAAUUAUGCCAAGAGUUAAAACCAUAAUGAAAUCUAGAUAUAACUUUAGAAAAGUCAUCGUCUAAAAUUCCCAACAUGAAAUAUUUGCUGAGAAUGCAGGGGAGGGUCCU